GUUCACUAAGUGCGACCCAUGCACAUCAACUGUGUAUGGCGACCCGAAAGGUCGUGAACAGGAUUGGCUAGUAAAGGGAUGAUGGUCCUGUUCUGGGCGACGGUUUUGCUCUGUUCUGUUGGUGCGGCCGCCACCUCACUGCAUGACAGCAACUCGGCACCAUACAAUGUUAACAUCCCGCUUGCCAGUGAUCCUGUGAGUUCCAUCGAAGUCGUCCAUCCAGCUCACGGCGCCAUCGAAAAAGCGCCCGUUGGGUUUGACACGCAAAUUAACAUCCGUCCCAAAGGUGCCAAACUGUUUGCUGCUCAGUACAAAAAUGCUGUCGUGUGUGUGGAGGUGAACGGCGUGGUCGUAGAUUGUUCGCAGAUUGGUAAAUCAGAGUUCCGCUAUCAUCAGGUUGGGAGCUGCACAGUCCGCGCUUAUCUUACGCGAUCAGGCUCACUAAACGCCGGAAAUCAAAUGUUUGAUUUUGAAUCUGCUCCGAUUUCUUUCACUUUAAUGAACGAACCGGACUACGAUGAGCUCAUCGCUCGUGCAAUUCGCAACAACGAGGCUCAACACCGCCCAGGAUUUCGACAGUCACUCAUCGAAUGGGCCAAUUUGCAGCGCAAGCGGCCAGACGGUGAUAUUCUCAAACGUCUUGAAAUUGCAGAACCUAGCCGGAGAAACAACACAGCAGUACAGCGUGACCUACUGCUCCUUGUUGGCGUCAGGACGGCAGUUGUAUCUCACUUUUCUUUUCGACAAGCUAUUCGAGAAACUUGGGCGAGUAAAUCGGCACUACCCGAAGGUGUUAAAGUGAUUUUCCUCGGAUGUCGUCCAUUUGCUACUGCUCUUGAGGAUGAAGUGGAUAAACUUACUGAAGAAGCAAAAUUGCGAGCGAUAUGGGAGGCCAUUGAGCUAGAGAAACGUGUCUACAGAGAUCUGAUGACCGAUGAACUGGACUGUGAAGAUUCGUACUUCCGCCUGGCCGACAAGACAAAACAGUUCUUGCACUUCGCAGCAACAAGAUAUCCGACUGCAAAGUUUGUUAUGGUAGCAGAUGACGAUCUCUAUCUCCGUUUGGAUAAAAUAUCCGCGCGACUUCAACAUCAAAGCAAGCGCUACUAUGCCGGUCCUGUCCGAGCGAUAGAAGACGCUACGAAACAGAGGCCUAUCCGUGAUCCGGAGUCUCGAAACGUUCUAUCUCGUGGCCAAUACUCAUUGAACGAAUUGCCUCCAUACGCGCUAGGAGCGAAUUUUUUCUUGUCAAUGGAUUGCGUCGAGUUUGUGGCGAAAAACAGCGGUAGACUGCGCGAUUUAGGCGGGAUGGAUGACAUCUCAGUCGCGCUCUGGAUGCUAAUCAUGCAGGUCCAUCCAAAGCCGUUUAAUGGUCUCAAAUAUCUGAAUUCUGGAACGUGUCGGGAUGAUCUGGCUUCGUUAAGUGAUUUAACGGAAUCAGCAAUACGUGUCAUCCACGCCAACAUCCAACAACAGCGUCGCUUUUGCCAUGACUUUCAACGAAAUGUUUGGCUUAGGCAGGACAUUGGCGCUCCAGCAGAAGGGCAGCCGAGAUUACUGUCUUUCGACCGCGAGAACGUAUAUUUCGAUUUCACCAUUCCGACGCCAACGGAAUCAUGGGCUGGACAGUUAAUGAUUACCGUAUCGACAAAAACUCGUGCUGGCGUAAAAGUGUCAUUUUUUCCAGCAAACGAAACUUUUCAUCAUACAUUUUUGCGAAAAGUUUGUGUCCAAGUCCAGUUAAACUUCCCAAGCGCUAUCACGACGUGCGCGGGUAUUAGGAAUCAAAUACGUACACAACUACUGGAAUUGUACGUCAAACUGGCAGCCAACACGUCGGUAGACCCGCUACAACUUAAACAAUGGAAAGUUGCUUUCGAGCAAACGUAAUGCAUCGUCAAGCAUAGUCCCCAUCGUGUAAUUACUGGCAUAGACAAAACCAUGAUCUCGCAAGAAGUGUUAUACUGCUGUCCUUCUGUGCUAGAUACUAAGUACAGCGAGAUGAACAGA